CCCCUGUCUGUGGUGAAGCCAAAGUGUGCCCUUGAAGGCAGACAUUACUAAUUAGUGUUUAGAAGAUCGCCCCCCAAAACAAAAAAGGUAUGAGCGGAGGGCGAGUGCCGCUGGCGGAGAAAGCCUUGUCCGAAGAGUACGCCAGAGUGAGGUACCGGGACACCUCUCUGCUUAUAUGGCAGGAACAGCAGAAGGAGCUGGAGACGGCUCCUCCGGGUACAUAUCUGAACCGCAGCCAGAGCACGUGGUAUUCGCAGUACGGGAACCAGCCCAUAUUAAUCCGGGACAAGAACACUCUGAGCGUUUCGCAAGACACCGGACGAUCAAAAUGCUGCUCUGUAAUGUGA